AUGGGUCAAGAUGCAGAGAAUGUUCUGUAUAAAACAACCAAGAGGGAUAACUAUUCAACCUUCUCUGGAAAGCCUCCAGCAAAAGUUGGACACCUUCCCCCCAUGUCAGAUUCUAACAUAACCAAGGUCAUCAAUCCUUCCACUUUCAUCCUGCAUUGCAUUCCUGGCCUGGAGACAGCCCAUGUCUGGAUCUCCAUCCCCUUCUACACCAUGUACAUUAUAGCCCUCUUGGGGAACUUCACCAUCCUGUGCAAUGUGAAGAUGGAGUUGAGCCUCCAGGGAACAAAUAUCAUUCCCCACACGUACUGUGAGCACAUGGCCGUAGUGAACCUGGCCUGCACUGACACCCGCAUCAGUAGUUACUACGGCCUCUUUGUGGUAUUCUCAGACACCCGCAUUAGUAGUUACUAUGGCCUCUUUGUGUGGAUCUCCAUCCCCUUCUGCACCAUGUACGUCAUAGCCCUCUUGGGGAAUUCCACCAUCCUGUUCAUUGUGAAGAGGGAGCCAAGCCUCCAUGAGCCCGUGUACUAUUUCCUCUGCAUGCUGGCCGUCACCGACCUCUUCCUGUCCACGUCCACUCUGCCCAAAAUUUUGAGCAUCUUCUGGUUCAAUUCCAGGGAGAUCGAUUUCAAUGCCUGCCUUGUCCAGAUGUACUUCUUCCAUUGUUUCUCAGCUAUGGAGUCUGGGAUCUUCGUAGCCAUGGCUUUAGAUCGUUACGUGGCCAUCUGCCAUCCCCUGAGACAUUCCACCAUCCUGACAAACCCUGUGGUGGCCAAGAUUGGCCUGGCCGUGGCUGUGCGUGGUGGUAUGCUCUUAGUGCCCCAUCCCAUCCUUGCCAGACGGUGGCCAUAUUGCAGAACGAAUAUCAUCCCCCACACGUACUGUGAGCACAUGGCCGUGGUGAACCUGGCCUGCACAGACACCCGCAUUAGUAGUUACUAUGGCCUCUUUGUGGUAUUCUCUGUGAUUGGCAUAGAUGUUUUUUGUAUUGUUGUGUCUUAUGUCCAGAUCCUCAGGGCCAUCUUCAGCCUUCCUACGAAGGAUGCCCGGCUCAAGACUUUCGGGACCUGUAGCUCCCACCUCUGUGUUAUUUUAGCCUUUUAUGUACCAAGUCUCUUCUCCUUCCUCACACACCGGUUUGGACACAAUGUGCCACAGCAUUUCCAUGUUCUCAUUGCCAAUGUUUACCUCCUGGUGCCCCCCAUGCUAAACCCCAUCAUCUAUGGGGUGAGGACCAAACAGAUCCGGGACAGCCUAUUCCAGAUUUUAAUGGGUGACAGGGGAGGGAUCACGUGA